AUUAGCAACAACUGAAGAGAAACAAACUGGCGAGUCUGGCACUGCUCCGGAAUGCCUGGAGCACUUCGUCGCAGACCCAACAACAGGCGAGGGAAGAAGUCCUCCGAAAGCAGUGUGUUUACAACGAAAACGACGAAAUUUAGUCUUAGCUGAGCACCGUUGCCCCGACACCCCCUGAAAAUGAUCCCGCGCUUUCUCGAUCCUUCGUGCGUGUGACUCGUCGUUGGAGGGGAUUUGGACGGUGGACGGGAGCACGCGCCCGCAUGUUCGAGAGCGCGCGUACCGGCGAGCUCUUUUUAAGGAGGGAAAGAGAGAGCAGCGAGCGACAGGGAAGGCGACAGGAGGGAGGAGAAGGAAGAAAAAAAGAAAGGAAAUCUCGCUACGGGGAAACCGAUCGGCUAAAGAUUUACCCGUCACCACGAGUUCUUGGGAAGACCCACCGCGCAACAGAUCCUGCGGAUCUCUCUCUCUUACAACUUCUCACUUAUGCGUACAUUUGUGUCUCUUCGACGAUCCGAACGUUUCGUAUUCCGAAUACUUAUGUCACGGGAUUCAAUCGACUUUAGUAUGCAAACGUCCUACGUACGGAGAUAAACAAAGUUGCUUCUCCACAAGCCGGAAAAUCGAUAGAAAAACAAACGGAAUAUUAACAAACUUUCAGAGUUUCUUUUAAGUAUUUUAUCCAGUUUUUACACUCGGAAUAAUUGACUCCAUUGAGAAGUGCGUUAUUCUCACUUUUUAUUUGUUUUUUUUUUUUUGUAAAUCGUACUCACGUGCUUCACGCUACGAUUCGUCAUCGGGAAGUCACUUGCUCGGUCAUCGCAACACUUCGGGCAAUCGGGAUUGUUCCGUUUCGUCGGAAAAGCUUUUGACCCUUUUUAUUAUUCUCGUUUGUUUUUAUUCCUGAUUCACUCACUGCGCGAAAUUGAGGCUUCGUUCGCACUCUUUCCUUUCAUUACGACGUCGAGGGUUUGAGUUAAUUUGGGAAAGAAAAAUCAGGAGUUUCGAAUGCAGGCACGAUUUGAGGUCGACCUAACAAACUUUUGCGCUUCUUCACUACUUCGAAUCGUAUUUUAAUUUAUGUGCUGCGAUACUGAUUCCCGUUCCUCGUCUCUCGAGAUCGUCACGGGCGAAAAAUAUUGCUAGAGUAACUCAAUUGAAAAAUGGGCUUGUGAAAGAAUAAAAAACUGAAACCUGGGAAAAAUGGUUGGCAACUUGGAUGAUUUUUUUAACCGAUCGCUCCACCGUUGCUGAAGCUCUACGAAGGGAAAUUGAGCUGCUGCAAGGAGCUCCAGCUCCACUCCAUUGACUCUGGACUUUCCUCAAUCUAUUUUUUCAUUUAAGGAAAUCGAAGGGACCCAAAAUUUUUGAUUUCACACAGUGGAACGUCGUCUUUUUUCCUAGCGCCGUAAGCUUGACCCGGCGUGAGUGAAAUUAGCGCGAAAGAGAGACCGGAAGUUGUGGGAAAAUUGGCGCAUGACGAAUAAACGUCGGAGUACGCGUUAAAAAAAGCGAAGCCGCGAUACGAGAGCGUGGACGACGAGUCAUGAUUUUUUUUCUCGCGUGUGUUUGAGCCGGCAUUAUCCGUCGAAGCAAGCCUCGCAGAAGCCGGCCAGCGAGAAGUUUCCAACCGUCGCUUCAUGUCCGUGAAUCAUCGCCGAGACUCACCGACGAGAUUCGUGAAUUCGCUCGAACAGCAGAGCCGAGGAGCAGAUUGGAUCGUGCCAACGUCGAGGAGAGACUCGUGGAGGAACGAGAAUGAAUCGCGGAGCCUCGAGAGCGGCAAACGCGAAUGUGCGGACGAGGGAACGCGCUCGAAACUGCAGGACUCGCGCGGAACACCGGCGACCCCGACGUCGCCGAAUAAUUCUUCCCUUUUCCCUAACCGAUGUGCGCUUACUCGGGAUGGAUAUAAAAAUCACGAAAGUGCACGAAGAACGAGGGUCGCACCGGAGCUCAACGGAAGCUUGGAAGUUGGCGAAAAUCCGCCAAUCCUAGUGGCCCGCAGUCGUGAAAUUCACUCAACGAGGCUCUCUCACAGCCUCGAUUUCUUGUGCAAAACUCAAAUUAAUUCGCAAUCUUCUUCGACUAAAGAGCCCUCGAAACUAAAGCUCUCUUCGGACUGUAGUUCCGCGAUUAGUUCCUCGAUGGUUUGUGAAGUAGUGAAAGACUCCGUGUGGUCAGACCCACCGGGUCUUCCGAAAGAAGAGUCUUUGGCUACCGACCAAGUCCUCGUACCGACGAAUCCGUCGGAAUGGAAUUCGAGCCACGUGGCGGCCUGGUUACGCUGGUGCGGUGGUGCAUUUUCGAUCGAGCCUUUGCCAGAAGCGUCGGAGCUCCCUUCGACAGGUAAGGAGCUUCUGGAGCUCUCCCUGGCCCACUGGCAGACUGUAUCCGGUGGGAGAAUUCUCGCUCGGCAUCUCGGUUACCUGAAGCUACAGGCGACCGGUGUCUACAGUCCGGAUCUCCUCCAGGAAGAAAAAGUCGACGAAAGGUUCGGCCUUCUGCAGAGAACGUGUUCACUGAUUGGAGCAGCAUCCAGUGGUGGUGGUGGUACAGGGGCGGUCGGCGGAGGUGGACAAGUUCAGCUCUGGCAAUUCCUUCUCGAGCUGCUCUCGGAUUCGUCCAACUCUUCGUGCAUUGCGUGGGAGGGUUCGAACGGCGAAUUCAAGCUAACUGAUCCGGACGAGGUUGCGCGAAGAUGGGGCGAACGGAAGAGUAAGCCGAACAUGAACUACGACAAACUCUCACGAGCUCUCAGGUAUUACUACGACAAGAACAUAAUGACGAAGGUCCAUGGAAAGCGAUACGCGUACAAAUUCGACUUCCACGGCCUGAUGAUCGCGUGUCAAGCUCAAGCCGGCAUAUCCCUAGAUUCAGGGACGUCGUCCCGUGGAGCGGCGAGCACCGGGUGCCACGCUCACCACGCUCAACAUUUGUUCGCCCCCGGCUCGACGUCGAGCCAAAAUUCGCCAUCGACUUCCAAUCAAUCCGGACCUCCGCCGCCCCCGCAUUACUGCUGGCCGUAUCCUCGAUAUUCGCCGCCGACUUAGCCAUGAAAAUGUGGGAAAAUACGAUUUUCCGUCGAUACGGUGGAUGCCCCUUAAUUUCGGAAACCGAUUUGCCAUCCUCGUUCGACUGUUCGAGGCUCGGAGACGGAAAGACUCGGGCGCGCAUUCGCGAGUCUUUCGUGAGGAUCCACGUGUACCUGGUAAAAAAAAAAAAAACGUUACAAAACGAAACUGUUCGUCGUGUUGGGACUAUGGAAAGUCCAAUUGUACAAAAAACCGUUCGAAAAAAUACUCAUUUUUAUUUUUGUUAUCUCUGUCCAUGUCCGUACUGUAAAAAUAGACAUUUUCGCGGAAACCGUCAUGCUCGAGUAUGCAAGAGUGCGCCAGGGCUCGCGCUGCACCGCGACUCUCGAUGGUUGGAAUGACAAUCCAUUAGCACUUUAGGAUUUAUCAUCGUUUCUCGAAAUAUACGAAUCUUGUGUGAGCAUAUAGCUUAAUUGACACUGUAUCAUUGUAAAUAAAGAUUUUUUCGUCACA